UGGCUAGGUAGCAUAUAACAAUGGAUUCUGACGACCCGAGAACACCUUUACUUGGAGGUCCUUUCGCCGCCAACCGGUUUCAUCGCGUGGCUGCUAAGGUAUGCAGCAUAGAAUCAUGGCGGCGACGACUUCCGAUUUCCAUCUGGUUGCCCAAGUACAGCGUGGAAAGCUUGAUACGAGAUGCUAUAGCUGGCAUAACGGUCGGCCUGACGUCCAUUCCACAAGGGAUCGCUUAUGCUAUAGUCGCUGGAUUACCGGCCCAGGUGGGUCUAUAUUCAAGCAUAUUCCCCGGCCUCGUGUAUAUGGUCUUAGGGAGCUGCAAGGACGUCACUGUCGGGCCCACAGCUAUCUUAGCCGCUCUUCUGGCCAAGUAUGUGGCCAAGAGCGCUGACUUCGCCUAUUUGGCUGCUUUUCUCUCGGGCUUCAUUAUUUUGUUGCUGGGAAUAUUACAGUUAGGGUUUUUACUGGACUUCAUAUCAAAACCGGUGAUCAGCGGAUUCACGACGGCGGCUGCCCUGCAGAUCGGUGCAGCGCAGUUGAAGUCCUUAUUCAGGAUAUCAGGGUCGUCAGGCGACACCUUCAUUGACGCUAUGGUGAACUUCUUCAAGCACAUCAAGACGGUGCAGCUGUGGGAUACGAUCCUCGGAAUCGUUUCUAUUAUCGCAUUAUUAUUGUUCAAAAGAGCAACCCUAAGGACCACCCCCUCUGCCACCCCUUGCCGCCACCGUGUCGCGAAAGUGUUGCUGUACUCAGUGCGAGCUCGCAAUGCUAUCGUCGUCUUCAUCGGGACUAUACUAGCAUAUAUUCUGUAUUUAUAUGGGAUUACGCCGUUCGCUCUUACAGGCAAAAUCGACGGCGGUCUUCCUAAUUUCGGCCCGCCACCGUUUAGCACCGUAGUCAACAACAAGACGAUAAACUUCGAAGAAAUGCUGUCUAUAUUCGGAGCCGAGGGCCUAGUCAUGCCAUUAGUUGCCAUAUUGGAGAGCAUUGCCAUUGCUAAAGCUUUUGCUGGCAGUACGUCAGUGGACGCUACUCAAGAAAUGAUUGCCAUUGGCAGCUGUAACCUGCUGUCAUCUUUCGCGCAGUGCAUGCCAGCCACGGGCUCUUUCACCAGAACCGCCCUGAACCACGCCAGUGGAGUCGUCACACCCGCCGGAUCGCUAUUUAAAGCUACCCUAGUCUUUCUAGCAGUGACGUUUCUAGCUAAGGCGUUCUACUUCAUUCCUCGCGCGACUUUAGCCGCUGUCAUCAUGUGCGCUAUGAUCUCCAUUAUCGAGCUGAAGAUCAUCAGGAAACUAUGGAGGAAUAGCAAAAUGGAGCUAGCGGUGUACUGCAUAACAGUGGUAGUGGGGGCCGCAGUGGGCCUGGAGUACGGCAUUUUAGCCGGGGCGGCAGCCGAUGCACUUAGGGCGCUGGCCGCAGCCGCCAGGCCGCCGUUGCAGGCCAACGUCUUCAAGGUGGGUAACGUUGACUGUCUGUCGAUAACGCUGGUAGGCACGUUGUCGUACGCGUGUUCCGAGUACGCAGCGGAGGAGGUACGCCGGAAAGUGGGCCCGCGUACUGCAGUGGUGGUGCUGGACGCCCGGCAGCUGCACGCCAUGGACAUUGGCGUUGUUGAGAACUUCAUUUCAAUGAUCAUGGACAUGGAAAAUAAUAACCAUCAUAGGUUUUUGCUGUGGAACUUCCCCGAAAAACACCAUCAAUUAUUCGACGACCUCCAACCUGGGUUUAGAGAGAGGUUCGUCGCUGGACCGAGCAUAGACCUACAUAUACUGGCGCUAGAAGUCGACAGAAGAGAACAAAGUUUCAAUAACAUUAAUUUUCAAUAGACUUACUGUUAUCAAUUUUCGACUAUUGGAUGCGUUGGAUCGGUUCGAUUGUGAUAAAAAGCAAGUGUGAUUUGUGAUUGUGAUAUGUUUUAAUUGCGGCCAAUGUAAAUGUAAUGAGAAAUAUGCGACUGCGAGACGACGGUACUUCCAACCUUUGUUACCAUUUUGUAAUUAGAAUGAAUAUUUUUAUUUAGAAAUGUAUAAAUAUUGCUCCAAAGGACACGUAACAUUGACCAAAGUGACUUAUUUGCCACCUAGAAGUAUGAUUUGUUAGAAAUUACAAAUUUUAACGAAAAUUAGUUAUUUGUUAACACAAGAUUCUGAAUAGAAUUAUGUAAAUACAUUUUAACAAUUACUUGCAUACAUUAAAUACUUAACAAUUACGCACUUGUUUGUGUGAGCCUCGUGUCCAAAAGUACACGAGGGAAAAUUUCAACGCGGCCAUUAAGGUGGUAUCGUACUACUCGAACGAUUAAAGUUCUGAAAUAAAAGAAUCAUAGACAGGACAUGAAGAAGAAGACAUUAAAAUCAUUUUGACAGACAUUUGUGUAUAUAUAAGGUGCUUACAAAUUAAGUACAGACUAUUUUAGAUACCUAGAGUCUUUAGUUUGCAUAACAAGGAUGAAUUUAAAAUACAAAUCAAAAAGAUUUGUUGCGAAUUUUUAAAUUUUACAUUUCCGCACAAAAAAAAAACUGUCUAAAUAACCAAGCUAUAUUAACUAUAUGAUAAUAUUCUAGAACAUUUAAAUAAUAAAAAUUGCCACCGAAAUUGGGUGCAGAAAACUAAGCCGAAAAUUACCCUAUUAAUAUCUUCAACAUUGCUUUGUGGUGUCAUAACGGUUAAUUAUGAGCGGGAAAAACUGAAUCUCAUUGUAAUUAAGUGGCCAAUUAUAGCUAAACAGUUUCAAAAGAACACUGAAGACAUUUUAAACACUAAGUAGUAUUAGGAUUAACUGAGUGUGUUUAGCAAUUGACUUGUUUUGUUAAAUUUCUCGAAUAACUGACAUAGACUUAUUGGCGAUUAUCUUCUUUCGAAGUCAUUAAUAAUGAGUUAAGUUAUUGAUUCCAAAAGUAAACGUACCUAAUUUGUUAGCGCCCUGUAUGUAAAUACGUUAUUCAAGUAUUCUUAUUGCAUACAAUUUUUUUUUUUUUUUUGACUUUACAAUUAUGAUUAUUAUGAAGUUCUUAGGUGUUCGCGAUUGUUACACAUAGGAAAUGAAACUAUUUUUUCGUAUCUCAAUUGCGUAUUAUGGUUUUCUUUUUCAAAGAAACCAACGUUUCGAGGUCUUUGUAGGUCCCACGGCCAUGGCUGGCUGAGAUGGUAGUAGUCAACCAGUUAUGUUUAACCUGAAUGCAAACCACGUAGACAUAUGUAGAGUGAAAUAUAGGGUAAAAUGGGCCCGAAAUGUUGGCAUGUUUGAAAAAAAUAAAUAUAAGCAAUUUAAAAAUAAGUUUCAUUUUAAAUUAUUACUAUUCAUAUUUAAUUCAAAUCUCUAUCACCGCGUUUCAAUUGUAGACUGACUUAUAUUACAUAUAUGUAUGCGUGACCAUGUGAUAUUUAUAGUAUAGUAAUAUUAAAAAAACACCUAGUUAAAUUUUAUGAUUAUUGUUACCUAGUGCAUAUUAGUUAAUACAUAGCCUUCAAUUAUGUUUGUAUGUCCAAUGUUUAGCCGGGCAAAGCGAAACUAUGCUUUUUUGUUACUUUCAACUUGUUGCAACUUUAGAAUGAAAGUGAAUCAACACAUAAUUCAAACUUUUUGGGAAUACGCAAAAUAGGCUUUGAGGUUGUGACAUUAUUUAACUUAUUACUCUUGUAGUGCUAAAGGUAAUGGACAUUGUUAGCCCUGGAAAAUAAUGAACAAGCAUUCAGCUUUAUAAACUAAAAAAAUUAUUCUGAUUAUUUUAAUAUACAACCAUUGAUAUGAGUGCGAGAGCCUGGUUAUCUGUAACCUAGUACAGACUCCAGCUCCCACUAAGGAACUUGUUUUAUUUUAUAUGAAAUGUAACUAUAGGCUCAAAUCUACUCGCUGUAAGGUCACUUUUUACAGAACAUUUCUGUUGUCAUUUGACGUAAUAAAAAUUAAUGUCCACUUACACUAAAUUUUAGUACGUCUUAAACCAAUGCUUAAAUGGAUAAGACACUCUUAACACUAUGUAUUAAGGGUGUCUUUUGCAUUGCAAGCUUUAGUUAAGAUAUACUUAACACUCUCAGAGUUAUAGAACAAUUCAUUUUUUUGUACUAGCAGACCAUGUCAGCUGCCGUCGGGACACCCUCAAGCUUUAUCAGCAGGCGUUACGCAAAAACAGACGUAUUUUGAAAUGAAAACGUACUCGUUGCCACAAUUCCGUAAUCCCAUUGGUUGACCAUACAAAACUACUAAUCCCCAAUAAGGGAUCCAUUGUACGUGAGUUAGUUAAUGGUACGGGUACUUCUUUCACCAGAUAGUGGUUGGAUAUCACCACUAGAGACAAAUACUUGAUCAGCUGUUAGUAGACGAUCUAAACAACUAAUAUGUCGGCCUGCUGGUGUAACCUUUUACUGCUCAGGACUAGAAAAAUUAAAACAAAUUUGGAUUCCUGCGUUUGUUACGUCGGCGGCCCAUAUGGCUUGCUGGGUAAAGUUCAAAAAUACGUAACGGCUUGCUGCACUCGCUGUUUUUGUGGGCGGCCGGCGCCCCACGUGGCGCUGAGAGUGUUUAGUGCAAGUGGAUAUAAGUCUCUUUCAUUUUGACCAGCUAGGCAAGAUGUUAAGUCCUUAUAAAGAAUAAUUACAAAAGAAAGCACUCUUAAGUAUUAAAAUAAGUCGCAUUUGUAAGAAUUUAAUGAUGAUUUUCGGAACGAAAACGACACGGUUGCUAAUCCUGCACUUUUUCGCGUGUUGUUUUCGCAAAUGCAGAUUCAACACUAAAUGCGUCGUUUUAUUCGAAUUAGAAUUUCAAACAUAUGAAAGAGACCAAUAUAGUGAGUCUGUGACACUCGAGCUACAAUGGCUUAUUUUUUCAGAUUAACAAGCUUAUGAAAUAUGAUUUGUAAAGUCGUUUACGGUAUAAACUCAUUUUUUAUUUUUUUGAAUGAGGUCACAUUCCUUCUAAAGGUGCGUUGUAUAAAAUUUGUGUUUCUACAAAUAAAUGUAGCUCCAUGCAACUGCCUUCGUGACCGAAAGGUUGCCAUUCUGGACUGCCACGCAGCGGUCCUGGUUUCGAUUUCCAGGCCUACAGAAAUAUGUGUACGAUGUACAUUUAUUUCUCUCGUGAGUUUGGGUAUAAUUAGUGGUUCUCAAUGUGUGGUCCAUGGCACCCGCGACGCAGGUUUUCCCUAAAGCGGGGCUGCGUUAUUAUUAAAUCUGCCGCUGUUAGUUAAAACGGCGCUUGUGACGAAAAUUAAAAACCGAGAAAAUAAUAUUUUUUUUAAGUUUUAUUGAAUGUCGCCACGUUUAACCACCAUGAUAUUUAAUUAUUCUGAAAUUUCUUGUCAAGUUUAUUAUAAUUAAUACA